AUGGCCCAGGAAUACAAACUCAAGGGCGUCUCCUCCCUGGCCCUCGCCCCCGGCGAUAAACACGAGGUCGAGGUCGAAGGCAUCGACGGCGGAAAGGUCUUGCUGGUCAAUGCCGGUGGUACGAUCCAAGCCGUCGGCGCCAAGUGCACCCACUACGGCGCUCCUCUUGCCAAGGGCGUCUUGACCGCAGCUGGGCGUCUUACCUGCCCGUGGCAUGGAGCUUGCUUCAACGCGAAGACGGGCGAUGUCGAAGACGCUCCAGCCCUCGAUUCAAUCCCCAUCUUCAAUGUCGCCGAGCGAGACGGAGCCGUCUACCUGACCGGCGAAGAAUCUGCCAUCAAAGGGUCUCGCAGAAAGCCCAACUUCAAGUGCGCAGUCGCCGCAGGUGCUCAGGAAGACAAGAUUGUCGUCAUUGGUGGUGGUUCCGGCGCCAUGGGCGUCAUCGAGGGCCUGCGCGAGAAGGGUUACGCUGGUCCGCUGACGGUGAUAUCCAACGAGGGAUACCUCCCCAUUGAUCGUCCCAAGCUGAGCAAGGCGCUGUUGACGGAUCCCAGCAAGGUUGCUUGGCGCGACAAGGCUUGGUUCGACAGCGGUUCUGUAGAAUGGGUCGAAGACGAGGUCAAUGACGUCAACUUCUCAGACCGCACCGUCUCGACAAAGGCCGGGAAAAAGAUCGCGUAUACUAAACUUGUCCUCGCAACCGGAGGAACACCAAGGCGGCUGCCAUUGGAAGGCUUCAAGGUCCUCGACAACAUCUUCACUCUGCGCAACGUCCACGACACGAAGAAGAUUGUUGAAGCUAUUGGCGACAAGGGAAAGAACAUUGUCAUUAUCGGCUCGUCCUUCAUCGGCAUGGAAGUCGCCAAUGCGGCCCUCGCCGGCAACUCUGUUACCGUUGUGGGUAUGGAACAGGCUCCUCUCGAGCGAGUUCUGAGUGAAAAGGUCGGCGCAGGCAUUCAGAAGUCGCUGGAGGGCAAAGGCAUCAAAUUCUACAUGGGCGCCAGCGUCGACAAGGCAGAGCCCUCUGAAUCAGACCCUUCGAAGGUGGGCGCCGUCUUCCUCAAAGAUGGCACCAAGCUCCCUGCCGAUCUUGUCAUCCUCGGUGUUGGCGUGGCGCCCGCGACCGAAUAUUUGAGAGACAACAAGACCAUUCAACUCGAAAGAGAUGGCUCCAUCAAGACAGACGAGAGCUACAACGUCGUCGGUCUCAAGGGUGUUUACGCAAUUGGCGAUAUUGCCACGUUUCCCUACCACGGGCCCGGCGGCGAAGGCAAGUUCGUUCGCAUCGAGCACUGGAACGUGGCUCAACAGUCAGGACGUGUUGUCGCGAGCCACAUUGUGAAUCCCUCAGUGGACCCUGAACACUUUGUCCCGGUCUUCUGGUCGGCCCUCGGAGCUCAGCUACGAUACUGUGGCAAUACUGCCAAUGGAUGGGAUGAUAUUGUCGUACAGGGCGACCCGGCGGCGAGCAAGUUUGCUGCUUAUUACUGCAAGGGAGACACAGUGGUAGCAACGGCCAGCAUGGGAAUGGAUCCCGUUAUGGCGCAGAGCGCAGAACUCAUGCGCUUGGGCAAGAUGCCAUCCAAGAGCCAGUUCCAGCAAGGACUGGAUGUUUUGAGCAUGGGGGCGCCUCAGUAA